CCUCUGGCUCUCCUACAGCGUCCGCUGAAAACUCGAGCCCCGGUGGAUCCAGCAGCUCGACCGCGGCCGAAGGUGGCACACAGGACAGCACCUUCGAGUGCAAUAUCUGCCUGGACACAGCCAAGGACGCCGUGAUCAGCCUGUGUGGGCACCUUUUCUGUUGGCCUUGUUUGCAUCAGUGGUUGGAGACUCGACCCAACAGACAAGUGUGUCCGGUAUGCAAAGCUGGAAUCAGCCGAGAAAAAGUAAUCCCCUUAUAUGGGAGGGGGAGCACGGGUCAGCAGGAUCCAAGGGAAAGAACCCCCCCUCGACCACAAGGACAGAGACCUGAACCAGAAAACCGUGGCGGUUUUCAGGGGUUUGGUUUUGGAGAUGGGGGUUUCCAGAUGUCAUUUGGAAUCGGUGCCUUCCCAUUUGGUAUUUUCGCCACAGCUUUUAACAUCAACGACGGACGACCCCCUCCGGCGGCCCCGGGGACUCCGCAGCACACGGAUGAACAGUUUCUGUCUCGACUCUUCCUGUUUGUUGCGCUGGCGAUUAUGUUUUGGCUGCUGAUUGCCUAAUUGAUUGGAAAGAGAACAGAGUUUAACAAAGACUGGAUAGAGGUGGGACUUUAUGGUGGUUUUUGUCUUUCUCUCCUCGAAAACGACUUCUGACAUGUAAACAAAGCAGAAAUGAUUUAAAAGAGAAAAAGUUUUUGCUGCUUCAUACGUCACACACGUGACAGACAGUCAUAAACUGUGUAAUCUACACUUUUUAAGGUUGCAAGGCUCUUAUUUACUGUGGAUUGUUACCGAAUCGCCCCCCAUAUUAACUCAUGUUGCAUCACUGAUGUCUCUGGAGUUGCUCUAUAAAAUAAGCCGUAAAGCUAACCCUUUUUGCUAACAAAGCUUAUAAUCCAAUUGUGAAUUAUAAGCAGGGGUUGUACCAUUUAUUUGUUUUUGAGCUCACACAUGGACUGUAAAUCUAAACCUGUCAAACUGGAGUAAUGUUUCAGCAAAACUUUUUAAGAUGCCAAGACUUGAUUUUUUUUUAAGUUUUCAAAUCACAUAUGCAAGCAGACAUGAUUCAAGUGAUACUGAUGUUUUUAGCUGUCACAGCAAUGUUAAACAUCUUAGCUCAGAUAUUUAAAAAGUUUCCUGCGUGUAAGCGGAUAAAAAGCUUCACUUCAGUGUUCCUCACCAGACUGUAUGUUUUAUUUUGUUCUGGUUUCUGUAUUUCACAGUAAUAAUGUAAAAUACUGUAGAUUAAACAAGUAAAUUUAUGAUGGAUUGUUUGAAAUGGUACUUUUCUAAAUGUGAAUUUCCUUUACUGACAGUAAAACUUUAUAAAUCACAA